AUGAACCCCACGAACGAUCCCAUAUACCAGCCAGAGCGAACCGUAACAGGGCAGAAGAUCUUCGGAUGGCAGUUCGACAACAAGUAUAUCCUCCGUGGCUACCGACCAGCAAAUGCAGACUAUCCGAAGAUUUUUCGCAGCCUGACGUUCUUGCACAAUGAGUCUUGCAAUGUGUACACACAUCUGAUUGGGGCUCUGCUCCUACCACUCGUCGCAACUACCCUCCUGCGGUACCUGGCAGAGCCUAAAUUUCUUAAUGUCUCGACUAUGGACUACGCUGUGUUUGGAAUCUACUUCUGGUGUUCAGAAGUCUGUUUGAUCCUCAGCGCACUUUACCAUCUGAUGCAACCCCACUCGUAUCAAGUAGAACAGUUCUGGCAUGGAAUGGAUCUUCUUGGUAUUGUCUUUAUGACAGUGGGCACAUUGUUUUCUGGCAUCUACUAUGUAUUCUUCUGUGAAGCCAGCUGGCAACAGCUGCACUGGGCUAUGGUCUUAGCUAUGGGUACUGUUACCAGUAUUCUAAUCUCAAAUCCGUUGCUCAAGACGCCGCGCUGGCGGAAUAUAAAAUUCCGAAUUCCGGAGCGUUUGGCACCAGGCAAGUUUGAUAUUUGGGGAAGCUCGCACCAGAUCUUUCACGUAGCUAUCUGUUGGAGAUGUGGAACGGUGUAA